GGAAACCAGUGUCGGUCGGACGAGUUCCGAGUUGAAAAUCUGGACUCACUGAGUUCCGAGUCGCGUAAUCAAACACUUCGUGGCAAUUUAACUCGGUAUAGUUGUCUCUCUCCCUCUCCACAGAAGCCACCAAAGGCGUCUUCAAUGGCGGUUAUGAAACCCUAACAAGGGUUUUCUGUUUGUUUGAUAGGAUCUCUAAAAAGAGCCUUAGAUUUUGUGCUAUAAGGAUUGGUUUUUUGAGGUUCAGUGAGAUUUUUGGAACCCUAAGGAUUUUUUUUUUUUUUUUGGAGUUGGGUUUAAUCUAGGGUUUCGAUAAGUCGAUGGAAACCGUGGUCACCAGAUCGGAGCGGCGAGGGCGGAAAAGGAGAAGGAUCGAUGUGCAAACUGUUGCCGUUGAUGUACAAGCUGGUGAUGAAACAAAGCGGGCAAGAUCGAAUGUGUUGGUGGGUCAAUAUGUGUUAAAGGAAUUUGAGGGUAACGGAAUAUUUCUUGGCAAGAUUAUGUGUUAUGAUGGUGGAUUGUAUAGAGUUGAUUAUGAAGAUGGGGAUUGUGAGGAUUUGGAAAGCAGUGAACUUUGCAGCUUUAUUAUGGAGGAUGCUUAUUUUGAUGAUGAUUUGACUGAAAGGAGGAAGAAAUUGGAUGAGUUGAUAUUAAAGAGAAAGAAUAUUUCAGCAAUGAAAUUGGUGGAGUCUGGGAAUGGUGUGGAGAGAGUAGAAGCAUCGUUGGUCAGUGACUUGAGUGAUAUGCCCAUUCAUGAAGUUGAUAGUGUAGAACUGGAUGGUGAAGCAGACUCGUCUAGUGAUUCUUGUGAAUAUGCACGGGAUCGAGAAUUUGGCUCAGAUGCUGAAACUCCAAUGGUGCCACCACCACAAUUGCCUCCUUCAUCAGGGAAUAUAGGUGUGCCGGAGGAGUAUGUGUCACAUCUUUUCUCUGUGUAUGGUUUCUUGCGCUCAUUUAGUAUUCGUCUGUUUUUGAGCCCAUUUGCACUCGAUGAUUUAGUGGGGUCGCUUAAUUGUACUGUUCCAAAUACCUUGUUGGAUGCAAUUCAUGUUGCUCUCUUGCGGGUGGUAAGACGGCAUCUUGAAGCUUUAUCUUCUUCUGGGUCAGAGAUUGCAUCAAAAUGCUUGUGGUGCAUUGAUUGGAGCUUGGUCGACACAUUAACUUGGCCUGUUUACUUGGUCCAAUAUCUAACGAUAAUGGGAUAUACAAAGGGACUUGAGUUGAAAGGUUUUUAUGCUGAUGUAUUAGACAGGGAGUAUUACACCUCAUCUGCUGGUAGGAAGUUGAUUAUUUUGAAAAUCUUGUGUGAUGAUGUCUUAGACUCCGAGGAGCUACGAGCAGAGAUUGACAUGCGUGAGGAAUCUGAAAUUGGAAUAGAUCCUGAUUCAGUUACUAAUUUUCCCCCUGAAAAUGGGCCAAGAAGGGUCCAUCCCAGAUAUUCCAAAACUUCUGCUUGCAAGGAUCAAGAAGCUAUGCAAAUUAUUGCAGAAAGCCAUGAGACGAAGUUAUCUCGUAACUCAAAUUCUUUGGGUUUUAAAACCACUGAACUGGAUGUGAAUGCAGCUGAUGAUCAAGAUGUGAAUGGUGAUGAGUGUCGGCUCUGUGGCAUGGAUGGGACCUUGCUUUGUUGUGAUGGGUGCCCAUCGGUGUAUCAUUCUAGAUGUAUAGGUGUGAGUAAAAUGUUUAUACCAGAUGGACCAUGGUUUUGCCCAGAAUGUACGAUUGACAAGAUUGGGCCAACUAUUACUGUGGGAACAUCGCUAAGAGGAGCAGAAGUUUUUGGAAUUGAUGCAUUUGAGCAAGUUUAUUUGGGUACCUGCAAUCAUUUACUAGUGCUCAAGGCUUCUAUUGAUGCAGAAACAUGUGUGAGAUAUUACCACCAGAAUGACAUUCUCAAAGUCAUUCAAGUACUUUAUUCAUCUGAGCAAUAUGCAGCCUUAUAUUCAGGAAUAUGUAAAGCAAUUUUGAAGUAUUGGGAAAUUAAAGAGAAUGUAUUGUUGGUGCCUGAAAUUGUUGAAAUGGAUCCAACUUUAGCAAACAAAAAGGAUGGUGCAACAAUUCGCCCUUUAUCACUUCCUCCUCCUGGCAUUGUAAACCAGAAAGUUCUAGAUACAGUAGUUGAAGGCGAGAACUGCUUGAGUAGUAUAACAGAAAGUAAUAUAAAAAAUGUAGCAGUAUCAUGUAUUGAGACCUCGUGGGAUACAAUGACCAGAACUGGCUACCUUGGUCUUCAGAGGAACAGUGAUACUACAGCAAAACAAAUUUGUCCCCUUAUGAUCCCAAAGCCGCCUGAGCAGAUUAAAAUGGAGUCUACCAUGUCAACUAGUUCAACUAGCCAGCAGGUUGAUCGAUCUGAUUUAACUCAGCAAAGUUUGGCUGACAGGUCAAGUGGGAUAGACUUUGCUACAUGUCUCUCAGGAAACAGCAACAGCAGUAACAGUGGAUAUAUGACUGGUGUGUGUUUUCCAGAGAACUUGUCUUCUCAAAGUAAAAGUGGUAACCUUAGAAUUGUUGGCAGAGUUAAGAGAAAUACAGUUGAUGAUUGCACAUACAUGGGUGCUUUCUUCAAAUCUUAUGCAUACAUAAAUAAUUAUGCCCAUGGUGAUUUUGCUGCGAGUGCUGCUGCUAAUCUGGCCAUUCUUUCAUCAGAAGAAAAUCGGGUUUCUGAGGUUCAGGCUUCAAGUAAUCCCAGGAAAGUCUUGUCUGCUAACAUCUCCCUGCAGGUAAAGGCUUUUUCAUCAGUAGCAAAUCGUUUUUUCUGGCCAAAUUCUGAGAAGAAGCUUGUGGAAGUUCCAAGGGAGAGAUGUGGUUGGUGUCUUUCUUGCAAGGCUUCUGUUUCAAGCAAGAGAGGAUGUCUAUUAAAUUCCGCUGCCUUGAAUGCCAUUAAAGGUGCCAUGAAGAUCCUUGCUGGAAUUCGCCCUUUGAAGAAUGUAGAGGGGAAUCUUCCUAGUAUCGCAACAUAUAUUUUAUACAUGGAGGAGAGUUUGUCUGGUCUAGUAGUUGGCCCAUUUUUGAGUGCAACUUGUAGAAAACAAUGGCGCAGACGAGUAGAACAAGCUUCAACCUACAGUGUGAUAAAGGCCCUCUUGCUUGAACUUGAGGAAAACAUCCGCAUUAUUGCUCUUUCUGGGGACUGGGUUAAGCUGGUGGAUAAUUGGUUGGUUGAAGCUUCUGUGACCCAAAGUGCUACAUCUGCUACUGGGUCAACUCAGAAACGUGGGCCUGGGAGACGUAGUAAGAGACUGUCUGGUGUAUCUGAAGUUGCAGAUGAUAGAUGCCUCGACAAAGAUUUCACAUGGUGGCGAGGAGGGAAACUAUCAAAGCACAUAUUCCAAAGAGGGAUUUUUCCACGCUCGGCAGUUAAAAAAGCGGCUCGUCAAGGUGGUUCUAGAAAGAUCCCUGGUAUUUGUUAUGCCGAAGUUUCUGAGAUUCCUAAAAGAAGCAGACAGGUCAUUUGGAGAGCUGCUGUUGAAAUGAGUAAGAAUGCGUCACAGCUUGCUCUUCAGGUCAGAUACCUUGACCUUCAUAUAAGAUGGGGCGAUCUUGUUCGUCCUGAGCAGAACAUCCAAGAUGUUAAAGGUCCAGAAACAGAAGCUUCUGCUUUUAGAAAUGCAUUCAUCUGUGAUAAGAAAAUUGUUGAAAACAAGAUCAGAUAUGGGGUUGCCUUUGGGAAUCAAAAGCAUCUUCCCUCCCGUGUCAUGAAGAAUAUAAUAGAAGUUGAGCAAAUCCAAGAUGGAAAUGACAAGUACUGGUUUUAUGAAAUGCGUAUUCCUUUGUAUUUGAUUAAAGAGUAUGAAGAAAGUGUAGAGACGCUUUUGCCAUCAGAUAAGCAGCCCUCAAAUGUUCUAUCCAAGUUACAAAGAUUGCAGCUGAAAGCUUCGCGUAGGGAUAUAUUCUCCUAUCUUAUGCGUAGGAGGGAUAACUUGGACAAGUGCUCAUGUGCCUCAUGUCAACUGGACGUUUUGCUUGGGAGUGCUGUCAAAUGUGGUGCAUGCCAAGGUUAUUGUCAUGAGGACUGUACCAUAAGUUCAACAAUCCAAUCGACUGAGGAAGUUGAGUUCUUGAUCACCUGUAAGCAAUGUUACCAUGCUAAAACUCCCACUCAAAAUGAAAACAGUAAUGACUCUCCCACUAGUCCCUUGCCCUUGCUAGGGAGAGAAUAUCAGAAUCCAGCGACAGCUCCAAAAGGUUCAAGGCUAAAAGAUUAUAGUCAACCAUUACCAUAUGUUAGAGCUCCAGAGAAUUGUUCCAAUAUGCAACAAACCGCUGCGGGUUCUAGUUUGGCAACAAAAAGCCGACGCAAGCCAUGUUCCUGGGGUCUCAUAUGGAAGAAGAAAAAUGUCGAAGAUUCUGGGAUUGAUUUUAGGCUCAAAAACAUUCUUUUAAGAGGCAACCCAGAUACAAACUGGUCAAGACCUGUUUGUCAUCUGUGCCAUCAGCCAUAUAAUUCAGAUCUGAUGUAUAUUUGCUGUGAGACCUGCAAAAAUUGGUACCAUGCUGAAGCUGUCGAACUUGAGGAGUCAAAAAUCUUAGAAGUGGUGGGAUUCAAAUGUUGCAAAUGCCGGAGGAUAAGAUCACCUGUGUGUCCUUAUAUGGAUCAGGAAUUAAAAAAAGUAGAGGUCAAAAAGCCUCGUUUGAGGACCUCAAAGUCAGGAAAUCCUGGAAUGGACUCUAUUUCUGGACCCAUUUUUGAACAUCUGAAAGAGUGGGAACCCAAUACUCCAAUGUCACAAACUGAGGAGGAAGUCGUUGAAGAUGAUGAUCCUCUUCUUUUUUCUCGUUCAAGAGUGGAGCAAAUCACAGAGCAUGAUACAGAAGUGGAUUUUGAGCGGAAUGCUGCUGGGCCAGGGCCACAGAAACUGCCAGUCAGAAGACAUAUGAAGCGUGAAAAUGAAGUGGAUGGUCUUUCCGGGAAUGAUCAAUGUCAGAUAGAAUCAAACCAUCAUUUGAAUACUGCAGAGCUAGCAUCAUCUUCUCAUCUGGAAUGGGAUGCUUCCAUUGAUGGGCUUGAAGAUGAGAUGAUAUUUGACUAUGAAAAUAUGGAGUUUGAACCCCAGACUUACUUUUCUUUUACGGAGCUGCUGGCUUCUGAUGAUGGUGGCCAGUUGGAUGGAAUUGAUGCAUCGAACUGGGAAAAUUUGUCAUAUGGAAUAUCACAGGAUAAAGUUCCUGAACAAUGUGGAAUGGGUACUUCUUGUAAUCAGCAGCAACCUACAAAUUUUGAAGAGCCAGCAGUUAAUAUUAUGCAAUGCCGCAUGUGUUCAAAAACAGAGCCUUCCCCUAGUCUUUCUUGCCAGAUCUGUGGCUUAUGGAUACAUAGUCAUUGUUCACCUUGGGUUGAGGAGUCAUCUUGGGAGGAUGGCUGGAGGUGCGGCAACUGCCGAGAAUGGCGGUAACCAAUCUCACCUGUCAGGUUUUGGGUGGUGGUUAGCUCUUCAAUUUCAAGUGAGUUUCAUUGCAGUGAGGUUUGUGAACCAAAUCACAGUUGACAGGUUGGAUGAUGAAAGCAGGAUUAUAUUUUUUGAGAGGAAAGACCAUGAUGGGCAAGUUCAUUCAUCAUCUCUAUUUGUUGUAAGGCAUGAUGAUGGACCCUUGGUGAAGUUGUUUCUUCAAACUCACACCGACUCCCUCACUGGUACAAGUCCUGUGUUGAUUAAGAUAAGAUGGCUGCUGCUUUCAGGCAAGUUUUUUCUCUUCCCUGUUUCUUUCUGUGGAUGGAAUCUAGUCUAAUUGACUUUCCAAUUUGUAUGGUUGGUUGGCUUCAUCAACGUUAACUGUUAUGCUAGUUGAAUUUGCACAUUAGUUCCCUUAGCUAGUUAUGGGGAACGCAAGAAUCAUUUCACAAGCUACCACUUAUGCGCGGAUUCCAAAGGAUAAGCAGGUUGUUUUUUGUUUUGUGCUUAUCUGAUCAGUUAGAUUGUAUAGAUCAAUCCUGUCAUAAAUUCUUUUUUGAGAUCAGGAAGGAUUGAAGAUUACUUGUGUGUUUUCUCUUUACCUCUGAUACGAGAGAGGCUCUCUUUACUCGGUGCACUUUCAAAUCAAAUCAGAAUUGGGAUAAAAUGAUCAUACGACAGAAUAUUCCGAAAUAAUCUAUUCUCGGCUGUUAUUAA